UGAAUUUUCCAAAUUUCAUAAUACAUUUCAUAUUCCUUUUUCCCAAUGUUCACUACGCUUCCUCUUCUGCGUUGAAAACCCUGGCGAACCAGCUUCUCUCCUCCGCCUCGGACAUCAACAAACCUUCCUCUUCUCCUCACAUUCCUUUCCCCUUUUUCUCAUCCUCACCACGUCCUCGAAUCCCUACUCUCUCUCCACUCUUUCUUCUGCCUCUUCUACCAAAGAUCCCUUUCUUCUCCGUCGUCGCUACCUCCGCGGCUCCCUCCACUGCUGACCAGUUCGAGUUCAUCUACCUCACCUGGCUACGCUCCAAGUUCGAUGAGUUCCUUAAGUCACUCAUCGACAUUCUUGCCUCGCCAUAAUCUGACAAGACGCUCAAGGAACUCGUGUUGGAUACGCUCAUGGAGUUCGUGAAGGUGGCCAAUGGCAGCACCUUCCACUCUGCUUUGUAUCACAAACUUCUACUUUGCGUUGUUCAUUUUCUUCUAAUCUAUGGAUUCUGAAAAAGCAUUAGAGCUUGUUAAGCAAGGUGUCACUCUUCUCUUCCUCGAUGUUCCUCAGUACACCAUGGUCGCCAUCGAUACUCAGGGUAUUAAGAUGAUUCCUCCUAGCACUCAUUUUGUGUACUAUAGUUCAUCAAGCAGAGAUGGGAAAGAGUUCUCACCAAUUGUUGGAUUCUUCAUUGAUACUGGCGCUUCAGAGUCAAUAGGUUCUCUUCAAAAGAAAUAUUCAAUUGGAUCGUUUGAAUUGCUAAGUAAAACUGCUCGUUUGAAUUGCUAAGUAAAACUGCUCCCAUUCAAGCACUUUUUCUUCUUAUUCUUGGUCCAUUUGUUGAUUUGCAAACAGAGCCUUCUGUAUUAUAUUUUGGAUUUCCCACCCAUUUGAACAUUUUUUCAUUGGAUAAUUUGUUUGAUUAUCCCUAUCAGAUGACAAAAUUACAAGUGCAUAUGGCAACAAUGAAAGUCAAUUGAGCUAUAAGUUAGUCAGACUUAUGACCGUUGCUUUGAAGCUAGUUCCAUGGUUUUCUAUUUCCAAGUUAAAUUGCGGUUGUAAUGUGUUUGGGAGAAAAGAGGUUUUGUGUUCGAGGCUUUUGGUAUGUUAUGCUUUUCUCUAAUCUUUGUAUAAUUGUAUGUUAUUGCCUUACCAAUCCAUUUCUUUCUUAUCAUUUGCUUCAAGGUUUGUUUUGAUCAAUAAUCCUAUCUAGUUUUUUAUAUAGAACUUGAUGAAAUUUAUGUUUAUGAUGAUAUAUAAAUAACAUUGUGUCCUUUAACUCGUACCAAGACUGAUUAUUAGCCUUUGAAUGUUCAUUAGUAUUUUAAAUAGAAAAGAAAAACAUUUUGCUUGAGUGGAUUGAGGAACCCAAAAGUAGGGAAGAAUAAGAUAUUAGAUAUGCUCUGUGCAAAAUAAAAAAAAAAACUGAUACAAGGAUAAAAAACUGUAAAAACCUAAGAGAUUUUGAAAUUUAACUCUAAUGAUAAAAUUAUUUUUCGAAAAUCCAUAAUAUUGUAAGAAAAUGGCAAUAAGGAUUGUUCAUUCUAACAAUUUUUAAAAUUGUUAGGGACUAGGGAUAAUUUUUUAUCGGUAAAGGUGUUCAUGGAUGACUGUCGGAAUAUUUAUAAAGUUUUUAAGAUAAUUUAAAUUUGAUAUGAAGUAGGAAUAAACUUUGAAAUUAUUAUAUAAGUCUUAAAAAUAAAUAAGAAAAUUAUAGUUGUUUAAAAAUUUUGGUAUAAAGUUUAAUGUGAACAGUAUUCUAGAAGGAAUGGUUCAAGAAUUAAAAAAGUGAUUAUUAGUAUUAAUAAGAUCAAAGGUUUUAUGUUCUCAUUUCUUAACAAACCGAAGCAGGAGCCUUUCUUUAUUUUGUCUUCUUUUGCAUCAUCACUGAGAAAAGAGCGCAUCUUGGUUUCCAAUGUGAAGGGAGCUUUACCAAACAAACAUGGCUACAAUAGUUGUCAGGAUUCUCGGUUCCAAUUCGCUGUCGCUGGUGUCAGUCCUUACUCCUCGACCUCCGCAGCGGUGGCGGAAGCGGAGAGCACGGAGGUGAAUUUUAAAAAAGUAGUGGUGGAGCAAUGAGUUGAAGGGAAGUAGUUGAUGAAGUGAAGUUGUUUUACUUCAAAGGGUAGGAAGCAAAUAUAGAGUUAUUGGUCUCAUGUUAAGCUUUUAUGUGUUAGGGAUUUUGUUUAGUUCAUCAACAUUAGUUUAUGUUUUUAAUUGAUCGAGUAGUGUUAGAUUUUUUU